AUGAGUGUUGUUGUGACAGCUGAUCGAGGAUUCACGUGGUCUGACGAAGAAACUGCACUAUUGCUACAACUUUGGGGCGAUACAAAUGCGCAGACAGAACUGACAGGCAGCAAAAGAAACUUUGUCGUCUAUGAAAAAAUAUCGGAUACUAUGAACACUAUGGGUUUCAUUCGAACUGCUUCUCAGUGCCGUGAAAAAAUAAAAAGAAUGAAGCGAGAAUAUACUUUGACGAAACAGAACAACGAGAAAUCAAACUCUUCGAAGAAAAGUAUGAGAUUUUAUGAGCAGUUUGAAAAAAUUUUGCUCGAAAAACAAAGUCAGAAUCAGAGGAGUACCACUUUAAAACUUUGUCCUAAUGAUUCGGAACUGGAAGAAAUAGAAUGCAAGAAAAGUGACGCGCCGCCAAAGCUCAUCAAAACUAAAGUACCAAUUGCGAUUGGCAAGAAACGGCGGGAAGUUGAAACAGAUACUGGAAAUCCAUGGAGUCCUGAUGUUGUACUGGUUGAAGGUGAAGGAACUCCAUCACAAACAUUAUUUGAAAGCCAAAAUUCAGCAUCAACAAGUAUAACCAAUGGUGAUUUGCCUUCCAAGAAAAAGAGAAAAAUUUCUUCCCGAAUAUCAAUGUUCAAAUGCAUGAUGGAUUCCUUGACUCUAAAAUUUAUGAAAUACCAAACAGAAUCCGAUGAGAGGAUGCUGAACAAAAUUGAACAGUUGGAAAAUGAACGCAAUGCCAUGGAUGAAAGAAUUCAAAAAAUGUGGAUGGAUUUUGAAGAGAGGCGAUCAGCUGAUGCCAGAGAACAUGAAAUAAACAUAAUGAAUUUGAUGCAACAAGGCCUAGAGCAGGGGUUGUAA